AGUUCGCCUAGUUCGCCAUCCGCCCUGCCCACCCACCACGCCAAAGGUCCAAACAGGCCAACCAGCGCUGUUCUGUGCCAAGCUUACCCAAUUUACCCCCAUGUAACCUUGGGCCGGCGACGACCUGCCAACCUCAGACGACCGAACCACCGACUGUCUACUCCGUAUCUUGUCUUGACUGACUGCUCCCGUCUGCCAUCUCGAGCCUCACCCUCCCUCCGUCCCCUCGCCACACCCGGCCCUCCCAUUCUCGGGCCGCUGCCUGCAUCCCAGACCCCAUCACCUCUCGGUCCUGCCGCCCUGUGCACGCUCGUCUUGAGGCCCGCAUAUCCAACCCGUCCUGGCCCGUCCUCGCCCGUCCUCGCCGACCGGAUCUCACCUCGAUGGCGCACCUACGCCUCGCUUAGCGAUGUCCUCACGACCCCCGAUGGGCGUGCCACAGCGACAGCCCCCCUCGAGAUCCCUCAGCGGUUCGAGCUCCCUGUCGCAGCGGCCUGCCCAUCAGCGUACCCUGUCGUCCCAAUACAUACCAUCCUCCCCCAUACGCAACAGCAAUGCCAACAGCACCUCCUCCAACAACAACAUCACCGCAGACUUCACCGCAGAGCCGAGCAGUCAGAACAGCAAUGCCGCCCAGGCUCAGUACGGCACCCCGCGCAGGGGCGGCUCCCGGCUCCGGCUGGAGCUGUCCAACCAGGGCAUCACACACUCUGGCUUCAUCGAGUCCCCCACCAGCGCCGGCCCCCUCGACCCCUUCAAGUCCUUCGCCUCCUCGCGCCCGGCCGCGCCCAGCAUGUCCGGCGACCUGUCCGACCUGGGCGAUAUGAGCAGCCCCCAGACCUCCAGGGGCGCUCCCACCGCAGAUAUUGACAAUAUCCCUCUGCCCAUGCCGAGACGCCGCACGCGUUUCGUCGUCCCCGAUGCGAGGAAGGACGUCGCCGCCCCAGCCCCCGCACCCGUCAAGAAGGAUGUCCGCCCCAAGCCGUACACGGUCGAGGUCCCACCGGCCGCGCCCCGCUACCUCGUCCUCAACGCCUCGGGCAAGGGCGAUUCCGCCUCGAGAACCGGGUCCACCAACGCCCCUCCGACCGCAUACGCGGAUUUCAACCCUUGGACCGGCGACGGUCCUGAAGACCAUUUCACCCAGACCUUUAUCCAGACCGGCUUCUUCGACAAGGCCCCCGUGGCACAGGUCGAGACUUCGUCGGCCAAGGGCGCAAUAUUCCCCAGUCUGAAGCACAAGACUGGCCUAUAUGCGCUCUCCACCGUAUUUACCGGCAUUCUCGGGUCAAGGCGGCACAACGGCCAGAUCAGCUCUGCUUCGACAUUCAAGCCGCCUCCGCGGGUGACCGUUACGGAUACAAAGAGGGAGGGCUGGCUAAGGGAUCUCGCCAACCCCACCACCUCGCUCCGUCGGUUGAGCAGGACAAUCCCACACGGAAUCCGGGGCAAAGGCCUGCUGGAGCAGUGCCUCAACAAGAACAUCCCAACCGACCGGGCUGUCUGGCUGGCCAAGUGCGUUGGAGCCAAUGAGGUCAGGGCUUUCAAGCGUAAAGGCGUCAACGGCGCUGUUGUCAUGGGUGGUGAGGCCAAAUGGGUCCGCGAUUGGACCAUGUUUGUCGAACAGUUUGUCGAUGGCGUUGUGUCUUCAUUUGAGGACGCCGAGUGGAAGAUCAAAGUCAACUAUGCAUUGCGCCUUGCCACACAUUUAUACGCCGAACACCUACUAGACCGCGACCAUUACAUGGAAUGGCUGGUCUCCGGGCUGGAGAAUUGCACCCAGGCGAGGUUGCCCAUGUGGCUCUUAGUGACGCAGAUCUACUGGAAAGACCUUUUGAGAUUAAGGAAAUACGGUCGGCGCUUGGUCGUUGCCCUGCUCAACCAGAACACCACUAUUCAAAACCACCCCGACAACGAUAUUCUAGCUCCGCUGUCGUCGAGAAUAGCGGUGUUGCUCAAGUCGUUGAUGGUUUCGAGCGCGACCAAUUUCAUCUCUCCCUCAGCAUGGGCCAAACACCGCGAUGCUCUGUCUUCGAUCUUACCUGCAGACGACGAGCUGGUCCAGGCUGCGUACAGAGGAAUACAUGCCCGCAAUGAGCAGCUCGUUUCCAGCGUGCGAGCGCCACCUGCGACACGGCAUGUGAUUGUGAAGAUGCUCGACGGGACUCUUCAGGCUCCGAUGCCGGAUGACCUACCGACAAAAUGCUGGCAGAUGUCCAGAGAUCAAGCCACACUGGUCAGAACAACACUGGAGUGGUCCAUCUCGAUGUACCGUCCCGGACUGGCUAGGAUCUACGUUGCGUGUCGCCUUCUGUCUACGUGGACGGCAUUCGGCUUGGACGCCACCGCUGCAGUCCUGGACUUUUUAAACACCGACCCACUGGAGGAGUUGGAAAGGAAGAACUCCUUGUAUCACCUGGUCGCCGAGCUUGUUCACUCUGGCUCCUUUGACCCUCUCAUUUACGUGCAGUGGCUCAUAGCCCGAGGCGGGCUACACGACUCGGACAGCGUCAUGCGAGACGGGCCGGCCAGCAGUCGACUGCUGGUGGAGCUACCGCUCCACGCCCUCUCCCCGUCUUUGAUUAGCAUGCGUACCAAUAUGCUAGGGAGAGCAUCCUACAGCGUCGAGGACGAGGCGAAGGAUCAGGAGAUGGCCAUCAAUUGCAUCAGAGGCAGCCUGGGUCUCCACUGGAGUCCUGCACAGAAGAGCAGCGCCAUCCCUCUUGGCAAACUCUGCAGAAGGGUCAAUCUGAGCAGCCGCUCGUUGAAGGUCGAGAUUGGUCAGUUCAUUCGACGGACCUUUGUGCAAGGCGUGCCCCAGGGCCAGCUACCUGGCAAAGAAGGGCUCCAGCUGCCUUGCUCAACGUUCAAUGGCGUCAGGUCCAUCCUGGAAGCUGCAGAAGACUUCCAAACUCUCGCCGACCUUCUCAAGACAACAACGGGCUUUCAUGAUGCCGACAUACUGUCCUCGUCCGCUGAUACACUGAACCUGCAUCUCCCAGUCUUUGGCGCGCUCAAUGCCGCCAAGAGUCUGUUUGAAACUCUUCUGGCGAGGCUUGAUAACAUGAAACAGAUCCAGGGUCUUGCUGGCACGCGUCCCCUGCUGACCUCGAUGGCCAUGCUAGCGCCUCGGAUACCCGGACAGGAUGCCCUCGUCAACCAUCUCAACGAGACCAUCCGCAAUGAUCGAAGCAGCGCUGUCGAUGCGUCGUCCCCAGUAAGCGACAACAUGGCGGCCAGGAUCCAGGACGAGGAAGGCGAGCUCCUGGAUGAGAUCGAGAAGAGGCUUGCCAACAAGACCAGCAUGGACCGGACCACGAUGAACAGCUUCUUGAACAAAAUCAUCCCAAAAGUUCAAGCUUGUUGGGGCGUGGCGGAUGAGAGACUCCGGGCGUACAGCUCCCUCCUCACGCGCUUACGCCAUUUUGACAUGCAGCAUUUCGACUCCUUCAUGACCAAGUGGGUCCUGGGCAUCCGCAAUCCCCAAACUCGACCACCUCUUGCCCGCAUAUUCCCUCUCAUGAUAAGCGUGGGAUGUCUCAACCUUUCAAUAAUCCUGACUACGACCGGAGACGCUGCAUCGGCCACUGGGAGUUCUCACCCGGCUGGCAAACUCGCUGGAACGCCGUCGACAUAUGUCCAAGAGGUGCUAGAAAUGUUGACUAUGUCGCCGACCUCGAAAGACUUGUUGACACCGGAGGAGACAUAUCGGUUCAGGAUCCUGCAGAACCAGGCACCCAAGUCGCAUCUAAAGGAACUAGUCGCUCUUGUGCGCAAUGCCUUGUCGGAAUUCUGUGCUUCACAGGCUCGAGGAGUGGCCGGAUCAGCUCCAUUGGCCGAUUCCCGGGCUCAGAAUCGUCUUAUAUGCUUUCUCAGGACGCUUGUACUCUCUGACCAAGCUGCUGUGCCCAAGAUGUUGCCCAUGAAAACAUCGGAUCCGGCGGUAGUUCAGAUGAUGGACGAUAUUGUGACGCGGCUGCUACUCCCGCACACUGCCCAAGGAACCAACAUCACAUUCGACCAGGUCCUUGGACUUGCGAACGAGCUGACUUUGCCCUUCUGUCAGUUAAAGCUGUCUCAGGGGUUCGGACCCAACGACAAUACCUCUGGGGCCACUGCCCAAGACCGGCAAGCCUCCCAGCUCGAGAUUUUUGCCAAAGCCAUGGACAACGCCAUUGAUGCACGCAACAUCACUUGGACUGGGAUGCUUCCAACUCUGAGUCCUGAAAUCACGCAGCAUUUGCUCAUCCGCGCUCAGACCCGCUUUUUCGAGCUUCUCCCCUCCAAGGACCGGCCUCUACCGCCAGACGACAGCAUUUCUGUGGCGGAGAGUCUGCUAUCUGUCAUCGAUACAAUCGGUCGCGGUAGUCUGAUGGGUUCUCGGUCUCCGCUGCAGCUUGCUUCUGCCACAGUCGACAGAUUGGCUGAGAUGUGGGAAUUAUUGGCAUUGCCUUCAGAGUCGGACGUCAAAGUCACAGUCCUCGUCAACUGGCUCCCCCUCAUGCUGUCAUACCUAACCCUUCAGACACAUGUCCAUGAUGCCGCGAACAAGGCAUCCAAUGAAAUUCGCGGGCGCGCGUUGCUCGUCUUGUCCGGCAUCAUGCAAGAACUCGAUGGCCUGGCAUCCCUUGCUACCUGCGACGCGCGUGUCCCCUCGAACCAGACCGUCUACCUCAUUCACCGCGUCUUUGAUGUCGCCGUGAUUCUGGUUGACACACUGUCCGACGAGAUACGCCAGCAAUGUGUUCGCAUUCUACGUGAAGCGCUCUCAGACUCGCGGCUCCGGUAUAUAUUCAGCUCCGCACCGGCGCCACUCGACAAUCUCAUGUUAUCGCACAAGGAUAAGCCGGCCACUGCCCAACAGGCGCAGAGCCAGGGCAGCCAGCAAGGACAGCAAGGACAGCAGCAACGGCCGCGCGGUGCCGGGUUCCUCGGCGUUGGCGCAGCCGGCGGCAAUAUCUGGGGGAAUGCUGUCGGCCCAGGCGGGCAGGGUCAGGAAAAGCUAAGCGCAUUCACCUUCAAAAGAUGGGAGAUCUUGAACGAGCCCACAUCCAACGUGGGAGAGAACAAUACAAGCUUGAGCUUGACGCUUUUCGAAGCCAUCAAGCUGCACUAAGAACCUCUCAAGGGCAAGGAGAGGACAGCGUUGGCUACACACCAGAUGAGCCGUACAUUGGAACGUUUGAAUUUUGGACGUGCGCGUGCAUAUAUACUGUCGUUCAUGAACUCACGGCGUCAUGAUGGAUCUUCGAUGCUUUUUACCCCAUUUGUUUUUCAGGGAGGGAAAGAAGGCAAGUCGGGUGCGACGGGUGCAUAGCAGCAUUAACGCGGAUGGGAUCAUCGAUAACGCCUACAUAUACCUUGGGUGUGUUUUCCUUUGUACAUAAGGCCACGCAGCUGGACACGCUACUUAAGUGUCAGCCUCCAAGCUGGUGGGCCUCGGCGCUUUUGGUUUGAGGGCAUCAAUUGAUUAUCUGUCAUUUUUCAUAUUUUGACUCGCUUCUGGGUUCUAGUCAACUGGUAUCUCAUAAUUCGAUGGAACGUACAUUACUGUACUGGCUUUCUCUCCAGGAUUUGUGUGCUCGUGGAGCAAGGCCGGUCACUUUGCUCAACACAUUCUCAUGGUGGGAGGUAGAGAGUGAGGCUAGUCUCAGCCAAGUCAUCUGUGAAAAGCGAUGCGAUAAGCGUUCGCCACAGAUGGCUGAGUAGUCUUCAA